UUUUGAAAUUCCUCUUGAAUCUUCUUCCUCUUCGUCCUCCUUCCUUUUUCUUUGAGUUUCCUUAUAAUAAUAUUCUAGAAAAAUGAAUGAAUCACUGAAUUACACGCGUUACACCGUACGGAUAUCUGCACCACGAAGUACCGAGGCGCGUUCGAAUCGAACGUACGAACGCGAGGAAUAACGUGGAAUUAAAAAAUCGCCUAGUGGAAUUACGACCGCGAGUGAUUUACGAAAUGCGCGCAUAGUACGUCAGCGAUCAAAACUUGCGGUGCGGAGGUUUCUAUAAGUUUCUACCACUUCUGUCUGAUGACUGUACCGAAUCACAUUCGCGUCGCGUGGCGUCAGCCGUCAAGUUGAAUCCCAGUCGAGUCUCGGGCAGCUCGAGUCGCGGAUCGUGCAGAGUACUGCGUCAGAAUUUUCUCUCUCUCGCGUGCGUUUGAAAGUUCGAGAAAAAAAAAAAAAAAAACAAGUCGCGCAAAUCGACUUUCUGUGAAUGCAACAAUAAGUGAUUUGUUUCGAAAGUGAUAGAGUCGUCCACGAGCUUCAAAAGUUUUUCAUCAAGAUACGAAAUUACCAUAAAAUCGACCGAACGGGAUGGGCCCCAACUUGUUUUCCACAUUUUUGCUAGUUCUCUUGUGCGGUUUCUCACACGCCAGUCCACUGCGUGAGGAUCUCUACGAAGGCAGCGCCUGCAAACUGGAGAACGGCAAGACGGGCGUGUGCAAGAAGAUACACGACUGCCCGUCCAGACUGAAAGAGGUGAUAGCCGGCAAAAGAAACUCAGAAUCGAGCGGUCGAUGCAGUUUUCAGGGUGACAUAGAAAUCGUCUGCUGUCAUCUCAACAUCACAGAAAAAAUAGGGCUUCGGCCGGCGGAAAUAGCCUGUCGGCAAUACGAAGAGAACGAGAUCGACAAGGGAAGAAACGACAUCGUGUUCCACAUUUACGGCGGAACGGCGGCCGAGUCCGGGGAAUUCCCGUAUAUGGUGGCGCUGGGUUACGAGAACCGAAACAAGGACGACGACGCUGACAACAACACCGAGCCAAUUAAGUACGAGUGCGGCGGCACGUUGAUCUCGUCCCAGCACGUACUGACCGCCGCUCACUGUGUGAACAAUGUCGACAAGAAGGUGCCAAUAGAGGUGAGAAUCGGCAGCGAGGAUCUGAAGAGCGGGAACGCCACGCAACGAAUUCCAAUCGGCGACGCGAUCUUGCAUCCGCAAUACAAGCGCAGCACGAAUUACAACGACGUGGCUAUCCUGAAGCUGAGCUCGCCCGUGCGCAUGGAGAAAAACGUGAGGCCGAUCUGCAUCGAAACCAAGUCCGUGUCCGCUGCGGACGUAUCGUCAAACGUGUCGCUUAUCGUGAUCGGUUGGGGUUCGACCAGUUUCGGCGCGGAAACUAGCAGCAGACUGUUGAAGACGCCGAGUCUCAGUUUCGUCGAUAGAGAAUCGUGUGCGAAGUCGUACGAGGACUUUGCCAAAUUGCCGCGCGGCAUAGACGAGAACAUGCUGUGCGUGCUGGACACCAACGUCACGAGACGAGCGGACGCUUGCGGAGGUGACAGCGGCGGACCCUUGUUGAUGCUCGCCGGUUCCAAUCACAGAAUCGUGGGGGUCACGGCGUUCGGAUAUCCCUGCGGAGGACCCAUACCGAGCAUUUACACCGCGGUUCAUUCCUAUUUGGAGUGGAUCGAGAGAGAAGAGACGAUAAUCAAGUUUUUUGAAACGCCGUCGGAGAUGAUUCUGACAAUCCAACUGAGCGCGGCCGAGGUGUUGACGCCGUUUCUGGCGGUGCCGCCGACGACAGGCCGGGUGAAGACCUCGUAUUUCAUCAAAAGAAAUCCCCUCGUGAUCACAAAAGAAAAUUACAGGGACGUCAUUAUACUCGGCGACAUGGCCCCGAGAGCCAUUGACGAACUGUCCGUUCUGGUCGAGGAGGCUUACGUGCCGAUAUUAUCGAAUCCGAAAAACCACAAGGGCUGGCCGCGCGUUAUCGGCGACGACGUGAGGAGGCACGUUUACGAUUUUCGCAACGCGAUAUGCCAGAUCAAAGGACGAAUGAGCGGGCAAACGUUGCUACCGAUGCCGAUGGGCAUCGAGCGGAUAUUCGAGGAGGAGUGGAAAAUACAGAACGAGGACAAGUUCGACGCUCAGUUGAAGAGCAACAUAGAGAUCAUCGUGACAAAGUGGCUGUCGCAAAUCGGCGACGUACUCGCCGAGGAGAGCACGCGCGCGGACGACGUAAAGCCGCUACCGAGCGCGGAGAUCGAGUUCUGGCGCCAGAGACUCGAGAACAUCGAGUCCAUCUACAACCAGAUGAAGGAUCCUCGCGUGAGGAAAAUGAGAUCCGUUUUGGAACUGACCAAAAGUCCGUACUUGCAGGCCUUGAAGAAUCUCUUCAAGGAUGUUGUCGUCGCGGUGAUCGAAGCGCGCGACGUGUGCGCCUAUUUGAAGGCCCUGGAGCCUCACUUCGACGAUAUCCAGAACAGCGAUUUCCGAGACGUACAGCCGAAACUGAAAGUGUUGUUGCACUGCGUGUGCCUGGUAUGGUCGAACUCGAAGUAUUACUGCACGAUCACGCGAAUAAUCACGUUACUGUCCGGGAUAUCAAAUCUACUGAUAGCGCUGGCGGCUAAGUUUUUGGAUCAGAGCACGCUGUUCUCGGACGACAUCCAGGACAGCGCGAAACGUUUGGAGCACGUGACAAAUACUCUGAAUUAUUACUUGGAAAUGUACGAGACAUUUCGCAACAAACUGGACACGUACUUCAAGCACGCGCAGGAUGUGAUCCCGUGGACUUUCGACGACGAGUUCGUUCUCGGACGAGUGAUGGACUUUCAGGAACGUUUGGACGAAAUAAAGAUUCUGUUCGAGACCGCUCAGGAGUACUUGAAGUUGGAAAAGACGGACAUCGGCGGCAUAAAGGGGAAAACGCUGUACGCGAAAAUCUGCGACAUUCACGAGCAGUUCGGUAAAAUUUACAGCGAGUUCGCCGAGUUGCAGUACGACAUCUUGGUGCCGGAAGAGACGCGGUUUACGGAUCACGUCACCAACUUCUUGGCAAAAGUGGAGGAGUUCGACAGAAAACUGGCGACGAUAUUCGACCAAGCGUUCGAGACGUGUCACAACAUGAAAGCGUUUUUUCAACUUAUAUGCGUAAUCGGCUCGAUGGCCAAUCGGCCGAUUAUAAUGGCGCAAUUGUGGCACAAUUACGAGACGCUUAUCAAAAGAAUUCAUCGUCAUUUUGACGAGAUCAAAAUUAUGUUCGACGGCACGUUCAAGAAGCGCGACGAGUCCGACCGAAUCGAGAUCAAUCCGUACUUCCCGCCUGUUUCCGGCGCUCUGUGCACGCUCACGCAAUUGCGAAAGCGAAUAGACGAUCCGAUACAAUACAUGAAAAUGAUCGAUCACCCACUGGUGAAUCUCACAUUUACGCGCGAAACCAAACCGAAAUACGAUCAACUGCAGUCGCUCAUGGACACGAUGGAGCGUGAAAUAUUCACGGACUGGGCGAACAAAGUGCCUGUUAUAAGCGCCACUCACCUGUCAAAAAGUUUGUUAACGGUGCGCGAGAACAAGCUGCUCGAUUUAAACUUCGAUCCGGAGUUGACCGAACUGCUGCGGGAAUCUCGUUACAUGACCAUUAUGAAGAGGACGAAUCUGCCCGAGGAAGCGACCCGGCUCUAUCACAAAACGCAGUAUUUCUUCGAGACCACGUACAAUCUCAGUUUGCUCAUACGUCGGUACAAUCGGAUCAGAAAUUACAUUUUGCCCGUGGAAUUUGAGAUAGUGAAGAACGAGAUCCGGAUAGUGGACGAGUUGAUCGAGUUUGGCCAAAAGAACUACAACUGGAAUUCUUCAGAAGUGCCGGGGUACGUCGACAAACUGAUGAAUCUCGUGCGGAAUUUGCACUCGCGCGUCUUUCGCGCUCAGGAAAACCUCGCCUCGUUGUUGCAAAAUAUGUACUCGUGGGCGUUGACGCCGAUAUUGGAACGCAGGGAUUUCAAAGACGAGAAUUUGUUGGCUCUGAACGAGCGCGAGGAGAAGUUUCGACGGAGAUACGAACAAAUCGAACGCGCCGUCACGGAACUUAAUCGAAUUCUGAGCGAGAAUUACAAGCUCUUCUUCGAUUUGCUGCCCGACUCGAAGUACGAGAGGAACGAAUACGAACUGGACAAAGAUUACACGGAGCCUGGCCAUCUCGAGAGAAUAACGUUGGACGCGGAAGAGCCGCGCGUUGCGAGAAUUGGCGAGGAAAGAGCGAGAGCGAUCGAAAACGAGCGACAGUUUACUGAAGAACCCGAGCGAACGCAAACGGAAGAGGAAAUCGCUCGGAGUAUGAUUCUAUGGAAACCUUACCUCGCUUACGUCGACGAUCUGAUAUCGAGAGCUCUGAUCCAAGCCGCUUCUACCAGCAUAUGUUAUCUGCUCGACGAGACCGAUCCGGAGAGCGACGUGUCGCCAUUGUUCGAGAUCGAGUUGUUGCUUGAGGUACCGACCAUUGUCUUUCGGCCUCCGGUGGAUCCCGACGAUCCCGAUGGCUUCUACGCGUUCUACGAAGAGCUACUGCUCGACAUCGUCAGAAUGGGAGCGUUGGUGCCGCGCGUGGAUCCCGACGUCGCGAAGGAACGCGAGCAUUACGGAGUCGAUUUAGCAGAGGAAGAAAGUAUCGUUUUCAUGCUCGAGGAGACGUGUAAUCGAAUCAAGCUGGGUUUGGUACAAGCGCAGGAAUACAUUCUCAUCUUCGAGCCGUACUUCUGGCUGUGGCUGGACGACAAGCAGCAAUAUCUGAAUAUGUUUUUGCGUUUCGGUCGCGAGCUCACGGAAGAGGAGAGGAACUUGGUGGCGCAAGAGCCGGAACACAUUCCGGAACAUCUAAAAGAGAGAAAACCGGGACUGGUCGAUUUCAAGAGAGAGAUCGAUUACUUCGUGGAACUUUACGACAAGUGCGACAAAUUUGAAAACAACAAGGUCUUCUUGCGCUGGUUGCGAUUGGACAUGAGGGCGUUCAAACAAACUCUGAUGAACAUAAUCUGCAAGUGGACCAACAUGUUCAAGACGUAUCUCGUCGAUCGCGUCAACAACGAGCUUAGAGACCUAAGCGAGUUCCUGACGAAGGCCUUGAAGAAAUUUAUGCAGCCGAUCGCGCCGGAUGAUUACGACGAUUUGCUGGACACUAUAUAUUAUCUGAAGGAAGUUCGAGAUCGGCAGUAUCAGAUCGACGACAUGUGGGAACCUAUUAAGGAAACCAUAGACCUUCUCAAACAGUACCAGGUGAUAUUCGGCGAGGAGACGUACGCUUGGCUGACGGAAUUGCCGGAACAGUGGACAAUGGUGAAAAAAUGGGCCGCGCAAGUUAAACAGAUCGUGCAACCCCUGAUGGCGCGUCAGAUCGAGUUGCUGAAGAAGCGUCUCAGCUACUACGAUUUCAAGCAGCAGCAAUAUCUGACGCGAUUCCACGAGAACGUGGUGUUCAGUUUCGACUGCACGAACGUGUACAAGAAGUUGGACAAGAUGAACGAAGAAAUCAUGAAGCUCGAGGACGAGUUAGGAAAUCUGCGCGAACAAGCAAACAUAUUCGAGCAACAAAUGCCGGAAUUCAAACAAAUCAAGCUGGCUCGGAAGGAAGUGAAAUUCCUGAAGAAUCUCUGGGAUUACGUGAAUAUUGUGACGUCGAAUCUGGACGAAUGGCAGGCCACGUUCUGGCACAAAAUCGACAUCGACGAAACGGAUCACGAGUGCAAGAGACUGCUUCGCGAACUAAGACAAUUGGACAAAGAAGUGCGAGGUUGGGAUUUGUACGCUCACGUGGAAGCGCAAGUGAGAAACAUGAUGUCGUCGCUGAGGGCGGUUUCGGAAUUGCAAAAUCCCGCUAUCAAACAUCGACACUGGCAAGAACUGAUGGCUGAAACUCGAGUGAAAUUCACCAUGGACGAAAAGACCACUUUGGCAGAUCUACUGAAACUGGAGCUGCACAAAUACGAGGAGGAAAUCAAGAACAUCGUGGACAAGGCGGUGAAAGAAAUGAGCAUGGAGAAGGUGCUGAAGGAAUUGCACAAUAUAUGGGACACCCUCGAGUUCGGCAAAGACGUGCACGAACGCACCAAGCUGAACGUCUUGAAGAUAAGCGAGGAAACGAUCGAGAUCUUGGAAGAGCAUCAGAUGCAAUUGCAAACCAUGUUGGAUUCCAAGUACAUCGCGUACUUCCUCGACGAGGUGAUAGAUUGGCAGCGGAAGCUCAGCAACGCGGACGCGGUGAUCAACGCUUGGUUCCGCGUCCAGCGUGCCUGGAUGCAUCUUGAGAGCAUUUUUAUCGGCUCGGAGGACAUAAGGAGCCAAUUGCCGGAGGAAACGAAGCGCUUCGAGAAGAUAGACAAGGACUUCAAGGACCUGCUGAAGGAGAUGUUGAUCAACGUAAACAUAGUGAAAUCGACGAACCGACCGAAACUCCUGGAGCGACUGGAGGAGCUCGAGAUACAAUUGAAUAUCUGUGAGAAAGCGUUGACCGAUUACCUGGAAACAAAGAGACUGAUCUAUCCGCGAUUUUACUUCAUCUCGUCCGCUGAUCUCCUGGACAUACUGAGCAACGGAAACAAUCCCGAAUUGGUUUGCAAGCAUUUGCCCAAGUUGUACGACUCGUUGGCGAAGCUCAAGUGGAAGCUGAACGGAGGCAAACCGACGAAAGAAGCCAACGGGAUGGUGGCGAAGGACGGCGAGGAAAUGGCCAUGCACGGGAUAUGCGACUGCACGGGAAAGGUCGAGAUCUGGUUGAAUCGCGUCACGGAGGCGAUGCGGAGAACGGUGAGACAUAGUUUCGGUCGCGCGGUCGUCUCGUACGACGAGAAACCGCGCGAGGAAUGGAUUCUGGAGAACGAGGCCCAACCGGCUCUGUGCGGCACGCAGAUCUGGUGGACCACCGAGGUGAACAUGGCGUUCGCGCGGCUCGAGGAGAGCUUCGAGAACGCUCUCAAGGAUUACCAGAGGAAGCAGAUCAGCCAGCUGAACGUGCUGAUCGCGCUCCUGCGCGGCGACUUGAACGAGAACGAUCGUCGGAAGAUCAUGACCAUUUGCACGAUCGACGUGCACGCGCGCGACGUUGUCGGGAAAUUGAUAUCCGUCAAAGCGGAGAACGCCUUCAACUUCCAGUGGCAGUCGCAGUUAAGACACAGGUGGGACGACAAAUCGGGAGAUUGCUUCGCCGACAUUUGCGACGCGUGUUUCAUAUACGCUUACGAGUACUUGGGUAACGUGCCACGGCUGGUAAUUACGCCGUUGACGGACAGAUGCUACAUUACGUUGACGCAAUCGUUGCAUCUGAUAAUGGGCGGAGCACCGGCCGGGCCGGCGGGAACGGGAAAAACCGAGACUACUAAGGACCUCGGUAGAGCCCUUGGACAAAUGGUUUAUGUCUUCAACUGUUCCGAACAAAUGGAUUAUAAAUCGUGCGGCAACAUAUACAAGGGGUUGGCGCAAAGCGGCGCGUGGGGUUGCUUCGACGAAUUUAAUAGGCUUCCCGUCGAGGUGCUGUCGGUUGUGGCGGUGCAAGUAAAAUGCGUUCUGGACGGGGUCAGAAAUCGAAAGAAAACAUUUCUGUUCUUCGGACAGGAGUAUAACAUCGUGGAUUCGGUCGGCAUGUUCAUAACAAUGAAUCCCGGUUACGCCGGCCGAACCGAAUUGCCCGAGAACUUGAAGACAUUGUUUCGACCCUGCGCCAUGGUGGUGCCCGAUUUCGAGCUAAUCUGCGAGAUAAUGCUGGUGGCCGAGGGCUUCCAAGAGGCGAGAUUACUCGCGAGAAAAUUUAUCACCUCGUACAUGCUUUGCCGGGAGCUUUUGUCUAAGCAAGAUCACUACGACUGGGGUUUGCGAGCCAUCAAGUCCGUUUUGAUCGUCGCCGGCAAGCUGAAACGCGACGACAAGGAAAGACCGGAGGAUCAGGUGCUAAUGAGAGCACUGAGAGAUUUCAAUCUGCCGAAAAUUGUCACCGACGACGUGCCGGUAUUCAUGGGAUUAAUAGGAGAUUUGUUCCCGGCAUUGGACGUGCCGCGAAAGAGAGACUUGGAUUUCGAGACGAUGGUCAAACACGCGGCUCUCGAUCUCAAGCUUCAACCGGAAGACGGAUUUAUUUUGAAGGUGGUGCAAUUGGAGGAGCUGUUUUACGUUCGGCACUCGGUCUUUAUCGUCGGCCUCGCCGGGACCGGCAAGACCGAAGUCUGGAAAACGCUCAACCGAACGUACGCGAACCAAAAACGCAAGCCGCACUAUAACGAUCUGAACCCAAAGGCGGUGACCACCGACGAGCUAUUUGGUGUCAUUAACCCGGCAACGAGGGAAUGGAAAGACGGGUUGAUCUCCAUGAUAAUGAGGGAGCAAGCUAACAUGGCCGGUGAUAGUCCAAAGUGGAUCGUGUUCGACGGUGACAUCGACCCGAUGUGGAUCGAAUCUCUGAACACGGUGAUGGACGACAACAAGGUUCUCACGCUCGCGAGUAAUGAGAGGAUCGCGUUGACGAAACACAUGCGGCUUCUCUUUGAGAUCUCGAAUUUGAGGACAGCCACGCCGGCAACGGUGUCCAGAGCGGGGAUAUUGUACAUAAAUCCGCAGGACCUAGGCUGGAGCCCAUUCGUGACAAGUUGGAUAGAGACGAGACCCCACGCCGAACGCGCUAAUCUCUCGAUUCUCUUCGAGAAGUACGUCCCGCCUCUUUUAGAGGCGACGAAGACGCGAUUCAAGAAAAUCACACCUCUACCGGAAAUUUGUCAUCUGGAGAUGCUUUGUCACUUGCUCGAUUGUUUUCUGGUUAAAGAAAACGUGCCGCCUGACUGUCCAAAGGAAUGGAUCGAGUUGUACUUCGCAUUCGCCUGCAUUUGGGCGUUUGGUUCAGCGAUGUUUCGAGAUCAGCUGAGAGAUUGGCGAAACGAAUUCAGCAGGUGGUGGCUAAAUGAAUUCAAAACCGUCAAAUUUCCAACGGGCGGGACCGUGUUCAAUUACUUCAUAGAGCCGGAAACGAAGAAGCUGGUGCCGUGGACCGAGAAAGUAACAGCGUUCGAACUGGAUCCGGAUAUUCCGCUUCAGUCAAGCUUGGUGCCAACGGGAGAAACGGUGCGUUUGCGGUUUUUCCUGAAUUUGUUAAUAAAAAAACGUGUCCCGGUCAUGAUGGUGGGCGGAGCCGGUUCCGGAAAGAGCGUGAUAUUGGCGGAAAAACUGGCGAGUCUGUCGGACAAUUACAACGUCGCGAAUGUUCCCUUCAAUUUCUACACCACGUCAGAUAUGCUGCAGAAAGUGCUCGAGAAACAUUUGGAGAAGAAAGCGGGUCGUAAUUACGGGCCACCGGGCACGAAACUUUUAAUAUAUUUCAUAGACGACAUGAACAUGCCGGAAGUGGACACUUACGGUACGGUGCAACCUCACACUCUCAUCAGGCAGCAUUUGGAUUACAAUCACUGGUACGACAGAACAAAACUAACGCUGAAAGAAAUUCACAACACGCAGUACGUGUCCUCCAUGAACCCCACCGCGGGCAGUUUCACCAUAGACCCGCGUUUGCAGAGACACUUCGCGGUGUUCGCCGUCAGUUUUCCGCAAACCGAGGCGCUCGUGACGAUAUAUUCCCAAAUAUUGCGUCAACACGUGACCAAUCCUCUGCACAGGUUCCAUCCGGUCGUGCAGAAAUUCACGGAUUUCAUCAUAAACGCCGCGGUGUAUCUUCACGAGAAGAUCGUCGCGACCUUUCUGCCGACGGUCAUCAAGUUUCACUACAUGUUCAAUCUGCGCGAUCUGACCAACAUAUUCCAGGGAAUGAUGUUCGCUCGCGGCGACGCCUUGCCAAUUCCAAGCCACAUAAUUAGACUUUACGCGCACGAAGCGACGCGAGUAUAUCGCGACAAAUUGGUGAACUUCGAUGACCAGAAGACGUUCGAUCAGUUGCUGUCGGAAGCGCUUCGCAAAAAUGUGCCCGAACUAAACGAAGCUGAAUUGAAUUUGGAUCCGCCGUUGAUAUACUGCCAUUUCGCGGAGGGAAUCGGCGAGCUCAAAUACGCGCCGGUCAAGAACUGGAACCAGAUCGUAAAGUUGCUCGACGAAGCUUUGAUCAACUACAACGAGCUGGUAUCGGCGAUGAAUCUGGUACUGUUCGAGGACGCCGUGUAUCACGUAUGUCGUAUCAACAGAAUCUUGGAAGCACCGAGAGGCAACGCGCUUCUGGUAGGCGUAGGCGGUAGCGGCAAACAGUCCUUGUCGCGUCUAGCUUCUUUCGUUUCCUCGUUGGAGGUGUUUCAAGUGCAACUGCGCAAAGAUUACUCGUUGAACGACUUGAAAGCCGACAUGGCCCUGCUGUAUCUGAAAACCGGCCUGAAAGAUAUCGGCGUGACCUUUCUGAUGAGCGACUCUCAAGUCGCCGACGAAAGGUUUCUGGUUGUGGUGAACGACAUGCUGGCGUCGGGGGAGAUCGCGGAUUUGUUCGCCGACGACGAGGUGGACAAUGUCAUCAACGCGGUGCGUAAUGAGGUGAAGCUAACCGGAGCGCUCGACACCAGAGAGAAUUGCUGGAAAUUCUUCAUCGAACGCGUGCGAAGGCAAUUGAGAUGCGUCCUGUGUUUCUCGCCAGUAGGAGCGACCUUACGAAAAAGAGCUAGGAAGUUCCCCGCGAUAGUAAAUUGCACGGCAAUCGACUGGUUUCAGGACUGGCCGCAGAAGGCUCUGGAAUCUGUAUCGGCGACCUUCUUGGAGGAGCUCAAGGAGUUGCCGGUUGAAUAUCGGACCUCAACGUCGCUCUUUAUGUCCUUCGUUCACACGAGCGUGAACAACAUGUCCGCGAUCUAUUUGCAAAACGAAAGACGGUACAACUACACGACGCCCAAGUCGUUUCUGGAGCAGAUCUCCUUGUACUCCAAGUUGCUGACGGACAAGGAACGCGAUCUGAAAGCGAUGAUCCUGCGUCUCAACGACGGCCUGAUCAGGCUCGAAUCUUGCGCCGCUCAGGUCGACGAGUUGAAGAUCGUCUUGACAGCUCAGGAGAUCGAGCUGAAGAAGAAGAACGAGAUAGCCGACAAGAUACUGGCCGAAGUGCGUGCGGAGAAUGCCAAAGUCGAAGCGGAGACGGCUACCGUGACCGAGGAGGAAGCGAAAAUAGCGGAACUUAAAGAGUUAAUGGCGGAGAAGCAGCGACACUGCGACGAGGAUUUAGCGCGUGCGGAACCGGCGGUGAGACAGGCCGAAGCCGCGCUCGACACUCUAAAUAAGAAUAAUCUGACCGAGCUUAAGUCCUUCCCAACUCCACCGGAGGCCGUGCUGAUGGUCGCCCAGGCCGUGCUCGUCUUAUUUACGCCCAGAGGACGUCCCAUUCCGAGAGACAGAAGCUGGAAGGCUUGUAAAGCGAUGAUGGGAUCCGCUGACGGAUUUCUGUCGGCGUUGCGUAAUUACGACAAGGACGACAUAUCUCCGGAAAUCGUUCGAGCGAUUCAGCCGUACGUCACCAACAAAGAAUUCGAUCCGGAUUUCGUGUACUCCAAGUCCCAUGCGGCGGCGGGACUUUGCAGCUGGGUGAAAAACAUCAUGGUGUAUCAUUACAUCAAUGAGAACGUAAAGCCUCUGAGAGCCGCGCUCGCUCAAGCGAACGCCGAUUUGAAAGCCGCGAUGGAGAAAUUGAAUUCUCUGAGGAGCCGUUUAGAGGAACUGCACAAGAUACUGGACGUUCUUGGCGAGAAGAUGAGCGCGGCUCUGGACGCGAAGCAAAAGUGUCAAGACGAGGCGGAAAUGACCGCGUUUACGAUAAGUCUAGCGAAUCGAUUGGUAAACGGUCUCGCGUCCGAGAACGUUCGCUGGGCCGAGACCGUUCAAGUGUUAAAGAAAUCCGAGAUCACUCUACCGGGCAACGUGUUGCUCGUCACGGCGUUUAUUUCUUACAUGGGAUGCUUCACGCGGAAAUACAGGAUGGAUCUCAUGAAUUUACAUUGGCUACCGUUUCUCGACAAGCUGCAAGUGCCAAUACCGCGCACGCCCGAUUUAGAUCCGUUGUCUUUAAUGAUCGACGAUGCGAGAAUCGCUCAAUGGAACAACGAGGGUCUGCCCGCGGACAGAAUGUCCACGGAGAACGCCACGAUACUCACGCAUUCGUCCAGAUGGCCGUUGAUGAUAGAUCCGCAAUUGCAAGGGAUCAAGUGGAUCAAAAACAAGUACGGAGACGAGCUGAUCGUGCUGCGUUUGACUCAGAAGAAUUACCUCGAUAGAAUCGAGUACGCGAUCGCGAACGGAGAGGUGGUGCUGUUGGAGAAUAUCGCGGAAACGGUCGACGCCGUUCUGGACCCGAUACUGGGUCGUGUUCUGAUAAAACGAGGAAGAGCCAUCAAGGUGGGAGACAAAGAAGUGGACUACAACCCGCGCUUCCGUCUGAUCCUGCAGACAAAGCUGGCGAAUCCGCACUACAAGCCCGAGAUGCAGGCCCAGACCACGCUCAUCAAUUUUACGGUUACGAAAGACGGCUUAGAGGAGCAGCUAUUAGGCGCCGUCGUGAAAGCGGAGCGGCCGGAUUUGGAGGCGAGCAAAGCCGAGCUCACAACCCAGCAGAAUACGUUCAAGAUCGCCCUGAAAACGUUGGAGGACGAUCUGUUGCAUAGAUUGGCGGCGGCGGGUCCCGACAUUCUGAGCGACGUCGCUCUCGUGGAGAACCUCGAAACUACGAAGAAGACCGCCGGCGAGAUCGAAGCAAAGGCGAUCGAGGCGAGGGCGACCGCCGCGAAGAUCGACGAGGCGCGCGAGAUCUACCGGCCGGUGGCGUCCCGCGCCAGCCUCCUUUACUUCAUCCUUAACGAUCUCAACAAGAUCAACAUGCUAUACCAAUUUUCUCUCAAGGCGUUCAGCGUGGUCUUUCAGAAUUCCAUUAAAUUCGCCGAGCCGGCGGACGCCCUCGGUAAACGCGUCGUCAGUUUGAUCGACAGCGUCACGUACUUGGUUUUUACGUACACCAGCAGAGGACUGUUCGAGAGCGACAAGCUCAUAUUUCUGUGCCAAUUGACUCUUCAGAUUCUGCUGCAAACGAACGAGAUAGAUCCGGUCGAGGUGGACUUUGUGUUGCGUUUUCCUCAAGUACCGGACGUCGCGAGCCCGGUAGAUUUUCUGAGCAACGACAGCUGGGGCGGCAUCAAGUAUCUGAGCGGAUUGGAGAACUUUCGCAAUUUAGAUCGCGAUAUAGACGGAGCCGCGAAGAGGUGGCGAAAAUUCGUCGAGUCGGAAACACCGGAGAGAGAAAAAUUCCCGCAGGACUGGAAGAACAAAACGGUCUUCCAGAGACUCUGCAUAAUGAGAUGCGUGAGACUGGAUCGAAUGAUCUACGCCAUCCGUUGGUUCGUGGAGGAAAAGCUGGGCGGAAAAUUCAUACAAACCCGAGCGCAACCGUUCGAAAAGUCGUACGAGGAAAUGAACGCGCAAACGCCCGUGUUUUUCAUUUUGUCACCAGGAGUCGAUCCUCUCAAGGACGUCGAGACGCUUGGCAAGCGACUCGGUUUCACAUUCAACGCGCAAAAUUUCCACAACAUAUCGCUGGGACAAGGUCAAGAGCCGGUAGUCGAGCGGGCGAUGGACAUUUCGGCGCGCGACGGUCACUGGGUUAUACUUCAGAACGUUCAUCUGGUGAGGAACUGGCUGCCGAAUCUCGAGAAGAAGAUGGAACUGCUCUCGGAGGAGUCGCACGAGGAUUAUCGACUCUACAUUAGCGCGGAACCGGGUCCCGAUCCUCACGAGUCGCUAAUACCGCAGGGUAUACUGGAAUCAGCGAUAAAAAUUACGAACGAACCGCCGACGGGUAUGCGCGCUAAUAUUCACAAAGCGCUGGACAACUUCAGUCAGGACACUCUGGAAUCCUGCGCCAAGGAGAACGAAUUCAAAGCUAUUCUCUUCGCUCUCUGUUACUAUCACGCCGCCGUGGCUGAGCGUCGAAAAUUCGGACCUCAAGGAUGGAACAGGUUGUAUCCCUUCAACUUCGGCGAUCUGACUAUUAGCGUGUCGGUGCUGUUGAAUUAUCUCGAGAUCAAUGUCAAAGUGCCCUGGGAAGAUUUGCGUUACUUGUUCGGGGAAAUCAUGUACGGCGGUCAUAUAACCGACGAUUGGGACAGAAGACUCUGCCGAACGUAUCUUCUCGAAUAUCUCCAGCCCGAGUUGGUCGAGGGCGAAUUGUAUCUGGCCCCGGGUUUUCUGGUGCCGCCUAACACCGAUUACGCAGGUUAUCACAAGUACGUGGAGGAGUACUUGCCGGAGGAGAGCCCGGUCCUGUACGGACUUCAUCCGAACGCGGAGAUCGGAUUUCUCACGAGCACGGCGGAAAAUUUGUUCAAGACAAUUCGGGGGAUGCAGCCCACGGAUGUCGUCGACACGACAAUCGGGAUAUUAUCGAAAGAAGAGAAGGUGAAGGUUCUGAUAGAAGACAUACUCGACAAACUUCCCGAGCAGUUUAAUAUUCAAGAUUUAAUGCACAAGGUGGAAGAUCGAACUCCCUUCGUCAUCGUUGUCCUGCAAGAGUGCGAACGUAUGAACAUGCUCUGCGAGGAACUGAAGAGAUCCUUGACGGAACUGGAUCUCGGUUUGAAGGGAGAGCUGACAAUCAGCGCGGAGAUGGAGGAUCUGCAAAAUCACUUGUUUAUGGAAUCCGUGCCGCCGUCGUGGACCAAACGCGCCUAUCCCUCCACCCUCGGAUUGUCGUCCUGGUUCGCGGAUUUGUUCAAUCGAAUAACCGAGCUGUCGAAUUGGACGGCAGAUUUUAGCUUGCCGCCGUCGAUCUGGUUGGGUGGUUUCUUCAAUCCGCAGUCUUUACUCACCGCCAUUAUGCAGCAGACCGCCCGAAAGAACGAGUGGCCCCUGGACAAAAUGUGUCUGCAUUAUGACGUAACCAGAAAGCAGAAGGAGGAACUUACAACGCCGCCGCGCGAGGGUGCGUACGUGAACGGAUUGUACAUGGAGGGGGCGCGAUGGGACACGACGACGGGCGCCAUCGCGGAUUCCCGACCGAAGGAGCUGUAUCCGCUUAUGCCGGUGGUGUUUCUGAAGGCGAUCACGCAGGACAAACUCGAGACGAAGAACAUAUACGAGUGUCCGGUGUACAGAACCCGAAUGCGCGGCCCAACGUACAUCUGGACGUUCAAUCUGAGGACUCGCGACAAACCCACCAAGUGGACUCUGGGCGGCGUAGCGAUUCUCCUGCAGAUUUAAAACCGCACACUUCUUUUUUCGAGCCGUCGUCGAUGCCGGCUCACACGCGAUUUCGCGCUCGUAAUGGUUUUUUUUUUUGUUUCUUUUUGUUUUAUGCCUUUUCUCGCGCGCGCGGGCUCAAGUCGUAAUGGCAACGCGCGCCGCGACCACGGUUUCCCGGUUAUAAUAACCCUCGGGCAAUUACGUCAAAACCCUCCUCUCUCGCGCGUAUGUUACAGGAGUCGGCUGAUAAUUACAACGCGCGUAUUCGAGUAAUUACAAUUGGCGUUGUAACGUGCGCGCGCGCGUUCUCUUUGUAACAAACGCGCUCUCUCGUCAAGUGGAGCGAUUUCGCGUCCCAAGUAGAAACCCCCCCCCGGUUUCGGAUGUAUGUGAUAUUGUACGCGAGAGAAACGGAACGGAAGAAAAACUCGACGCGACUCAGCAGGUGCGCUCGUUACGUGCGCUCGAAGAAGGAAUGGCUUGGUGUUCACGUGUUGUCGUCGCCUUGCAAUUGAA